AUGUUUCGAAACUUGAUGAACAUGCUUCGCGCAUACCGCGAAAAGGCGAAACCUUACGAAGAAGAUGAGACCGAGUGGGACAAGUGGAACGAAUGGAACGAAGAUAUCAGAACGGUACCCUAUAAACUCGACCACUGCACGCAACACUGCAUGCGCCCCAUCUGCCGCAGCGUGACGCGCAGCAAGGAGAGAAGAAACGUAGACCAGGGAGCCUGUCUCUGCUCGCUCGAACCACGCCAACCGGCUGCAACCGACUGGACAGCCGCAGUCCAGCUACAGCAAUUGUCCGAACAAGACCUUGCCGCCGUGCAACGGGCGUACGAGCGCACCAACAAACACGACGUCAUCACGGUCAACCUCGCGACCGCCAUCACGCUCGUGGACCUGCUGCGCCAAACCUACCACCUGCAGCUCCCCUCGCGCCUCCAAUGGGACCCGGACUUCACGCCCAGCGUCCUAGUCCACAAGACGCAGUACAACGCCGCCAUCCAAUCCACCAACGACCUCAUCGACAAGCUCUUCGUCCAUCUCAUGCUGCUGAUGCCCAACCAGACGCGCCACAUCGAGGUCCACGAGCUGCAGCGCACAAUGCACUCAGUCAUGCGCCUGGAAUUCUUUUGGUGGCAGGCAACCUGGUGUUUUAAGCAGCAGCAACAGGAGAGAAUGCCAAAGGAGGGCGACCCGCAGGUUAGGAGGAUGAUGAAAGAUGGGUUUGUGCGCGCGAGACGCCGAUAUAUCUUCGGGAAGCAGAGUGUCGGGAUGCAGGCUAUGAUGGAGAAGCUGGAGGAUGUCGUGGAGAUGGUGGUUGGGGUGUUGGUGUGGUGGAGUCGUUGUACGCGCCCAUGGGCGGUGGAGAAUGAGGAUGCUGAGUCGGUUGGGCUCGAGUCGAGCGUUGCGUCGUUUGUUUCGGCGCUGAGUCACUUUACAAGCGAUGAAAGCGAUGCCGAUGGGAGGAAUGCGGAGAAUGAGUAG